AUGGUGGCUCUUGUAUUCUUUCUCGUCGGCGCCAUCGUUGCUGCGACGGCGAACGGGUUUGGACCCCUUCUUGUCGGCAGAUCGCUCCAGGGUGUUGGAGGUGGCGGCCUCAAUGCCCUUACCGAGAUUCUGGUCACCGACUUGGUACCAUUGAGGCAAAGAGGUCAAUGGUUUGGAAUCAUUAGCGCAAUGUGGAGUAUAGGUUCUGUCACCAGUCCUAUCGUUGGUGGCGCGUUUGCGCAAGCUGUGUCUUGGCGGUGGAUCUUCUGGAUCAAUUUGCCAUUUGUUGGGCUCGCUCUUGUCCUGGUGCCUCUUACUCUGGUGCUGGCUUUCAGAGUUAGCUCGCUCGCAGACAAGCUUAGGCAGGUGGAUUGGAUUGGAUCGGUCCUCUUCAUUGGGUCGACAACCAGUUUUCUGAUUCCAAUUACUUGGGGCGGUGUGUCAUACGCCUGGGACUCCUGGCGGGUUCUGGCUCCACUGAUCAUCGGCAUCGUCGGUCUGGCUGUCUUUGUUGUCUUCGAGGAAUACGUCGCCAAAGAGCCGCUCAUUAGGCUUGACGUCUUCAAGAACCGAACGGCGGCUGCAAGCUAUUUUGAAACAACGUUACAUGGCAUGAUCCUUUGGUGCAUCCUCUAUUAUAUGCCUCUCUACUACGAGGCCGUCAAAGGCGAGACACCCAUUAUUGCGGGUAUAAGCCUUUUCCCGGCCACAUUCACUGUGGCUCCCGCGGCCAUGGUCACAGGAAUUGUGAUCUCUAAAAGUGGCCGCUACCGAUGGGCUAUUUGGUCUGGUUGGGCACUGACGACUCUUGGGACUGGUAUACUCUACUUGCUUGACGUCAAUACGACAAGAGUCCAGUGGGUUUUCCUUCAAUCUCGUAAGCCGUUUGGGAAUGGGCGUUCUCUUCCCCUCAAAUGGCUUUCUCGAUUCAAGCAGCCACUAUAA